AUGGAUUCUAUCGGCUUAUUCGAAGCAUCCCUAUCUCUUUUUUGUUUUCUCAUAUUCUAUUACUUGUUAAUUAAGAAACAGUCUGGUUACUUGCUCAUCAAGAAAGCCCUUCAAUGCUAUGCAUGGAACUGGCCUGUUCUUGGGAUGCUUCCAGCUUUGCUUGUCUGGCACAAUGGGUUCGAUGACGUCAUGUGGUUCAUUGAGAAGAACAACUUGACAUUUCUAUUCAAGGGUCCAUGGUUCACUAGAAUGGAUGCCUUGAUCACGGUUGAUCCAUCUAAUAUACAUCAUAUAUUAACCUCAAAUUUCUCCAACUACAUCAAAGGACCUGAGUUCAAAGAGAUAUUCGAUUUUUUCGGAGACGCGAUAUUCAACACUGAUUCAGAGCUAUGGAAGAAUCAAAGAUUGUCUUUCCAGGGGAUGCUCAAUCAUCAAGGUUUUCAAAACUUUUCAAUGAGUGUCACAACAAGUAAACUCAAGGACGUGCUUCUUCCUCUUUUCAAUCACUAUGCGGAGGAAGGGACAGUGGUGGACUUGCAAGAUGUGUUCGGGAGAUUCAUGUUCGAUACAACCCUAGUUACAAUCACCGGGUCUGAUCCUCAAUGUCUCUCCACUGAAAUGCCAUUGGUUCAGCUCGCAAAAGCCUUCGAUAGUGCCGGGGAUGCCAUUUUAUUUAGGCAUAUCUUACCAAAGUUCUUGUGGAAGUUGCAAAAGCGGAUGAGGUUGGGACAAGAGAAGAAGUUGAUAGAAGCAGGUGCAACUUUUGAUAGAAUCUGCGCGAAAUAUAUAAUUGAAAAGAGAGAAGAGAUAAGAUUACAAAGAAAUGGAGAGAGUGAAGAUCUUUUAACAGCUCACAUAAAGCUAGAUACAAGCAAGUACAAGCUCUUGAAACCAAACGAUGAUAAGUUCCUUAGAGAUGCCAUUUUAUCUAUCAUUGUCGCGGGGAGGGAUACAACUACCACUGCUCUCACUUGGUUUUUCGGUCUCCUCUUAAAAAACCCUCACGUGGAAGCCAAAAUUCGCCAAGAGAUCAACACAAAUCUACCAAAAGACGGUCAAGAAAGUUCAUGGUCGGUUCUAGAGCGUAGAGCGUAUUUGAACAAGUUGGUGUAUCUACACGGGGCGUUGUAUGAAGCAUUGAGACUCUAUCCACCAGUUCCGUUCCAGCGCAAGGCUCCUUUAAAAUCAGACGUACUUCCAAGUGGGCACAAAGUCGAUGCGAACUCUAUGAUUCUCAUCCCUCUCUAUGUUUUAGGGAGGAUGAGACCUGUAUGGGGAGAUGACGCGUUGGAAUUUAAGCCAGAGAGAUGGGUUUCAGAUACUGGAGGGUUGAGGCAUGAGACUUCCUCCAAGUUCUUAACGUUUAACUCGGGACCAAGAAGUUGUCCUGGUAAGCAUUUAGCUAUGACUGCAAUGAAGACCAUAGUCGUGGAAAUAUUACAAAACUAUGACCUUAAGCUCAUUGAAGGACAGAAAAUUGAGCCAAAGCCUAGUCUUGUUCUUCAGAUGAAUAAUGGGCUUAGAGUCACGCUUACUAAAAGAUGUUCAGCUUGA